AUGGUGGAAGACUUCGAGGUAGCCAUUUCUCAGGGCCAAUUGGCAGGUGCUGUGUCGCACGUGCUGGCAAAACCACUGCCCUUUUUCAACAGCACUCCGCUCCACAUUGCCGUAGUAGGAGAGCCCGGCUCCGGGAAGUCCUCCUUCAUCAAUGCCAUGCUGGGUCUUCGUGCUGAUGACCCACGUGCUGCUGUGACUGGCAUACAGAUGACGACUGUGCAAGUCAAGGAUUACCCACACCCGACACUUCCGCAAGUGAUCCUUUGGGACCACCCCGGAAGGGGAACGCCAACUUUUGGAGAGGACAAAUUUGAAAAGAAGGUCGAUUUGAAUCACUUUGAUUUCUUCGUCAUCGUCGGCUCCCAGCGCUUCCGCUCCACCCAUUCUGACCUGGUCCGUGAAAUCCAAGAUAUGGGCAAGAGCUUCUACUUUGUGCGCGCCAAAGCAGACCUGGAUCUGUCGGCCGCCAAGAGGCAACAGCCAUCUGACUACAAUGAGGAGAAGGUCCUCUUGCACAUCCAGGAGGACUGCAAAGAGUGCUUGGUAAGAGAAGGAGUGAGGGACCCACAAGUCUUCAUCGUCUCCAACUGGGAAGCCGACUGCUUUGACUUCCCCCUCCUGCAGGAAACGCUGAAGAACGAUCUCUUGCGGCUGAAGAGGCAAGCCUUUCUGCGCCGCUUCCCUAGCAUCUGCCUGCCUAUCUUAGAGAAAAAGAAAACCACUGUGAAGGAGAAGAUUUGGACCAAAAGGCUUUGUUUGCUGGUCGCUCUUGGAAGCCCAGUUCCCUUCCUUCUUCCCAUAUUUUUGUUUAGUAAGUUCCGCUCCUGGUGCUUCCUAGACUUUGGCCUGGACAAUCCAUCCCUUGCAGCUCUGGCCCAGCGUGUUGGAAAGACAAGCACAGCCCUUAAAGCAGCAAUGCAGUCCCUGGGAAUGUUCUCUGCCAUGUUAUGGGUGCUGCCAGACUUGGUGGGACUCUCCGUGAUGGCUUAUGAAUAUCACCGCUGGGAGCAUUUCCCCAUCUUUGGCUGCCUUCUGUCCGUUGGGAUUUCGCUUCCUCGCACCUACUUGAUGCUGCAGAAAUGCAUAUCGGGUGCUGCUGAUGACACCAAGAGGGUUUUGUCCAAAGCUCUUGAGGCAGAUGGGAAAAAGUCCAUUUAG